AUGGCUAGAUACACAGAAGAAGAUGUCCAGAAUGCGCUCGCAGACCUCGAAUCUGGGGUCGCUUUGGCCACUGCUGCCACCCGGCACGGGGUCCCACGCAACACUCUUCGCGGCCGCUUUAAUGGUGCCCAACCUCAUCAGCGCGCUCACGACGGUGAACAACGGCUUACAAACGUUCAAGAAGAGCACCUAGAGAAAUGGAUUCUCCAGCAAGAGGCCCUUGGUUAUGCGCCAACGCACGCGCAAGUGCGGGCCAUCGCAAUCGCCGUUCUCAAGCGACAGGGUGGCCACAAGAACCUGGGGAAGAAGUGGACCAGUCACUUCGUGAAGCGCCACCCGGCUAUUAAGUCAAAGUUAGGUCGCCGGACUAGCUGGGAACGCAUCAAUGAGGCCACUCCAGAAAACAUCAGGCACUUGUUCAACCUGUACGAAACAGUCAGCUGGAUCCCCCCUCAGCGCAGGUACAAUGCCGACGAGGGCGGUAUCAUGGAGGGCCAGGGCAUUAAUGGGCUUGUCAUAGGCUCCUCGCAGGAGAGUCCGAACUCCGUACCAGUUAAGACGAUAAAUGCCCGUACUUGGACCUCUGUGGUAGAGUGUAUCUCUGCAGUUGGUGUCGCUCUGGACCCCCUUGUCAUCUUUAGGGCCAAGAGCAUCCAGGAGCAGUUGUUCAAGCAGAGUUUCUUGGCUCAGAAUCCCGGCUGUCUGAAGACGGCGUAUCGGCGCUUCGUCAGCGAGUAUACGGCCUGGACAGAUAAAACGAAGCUUGGGAAGGCCAAGUUUCUCAGCUUUUAUGCAGAAGCACGUAAAAUCGGCCUUCGAGAGCAGUGCAUCCAAUCAGGGUGGAAAGCAACAGGCUUGUAUCCCAAGAACGUGAGGAAGCCCUUGGGUUCUCGCUGGGUGGUGGUGCGUGAACGGCCGUCAACACCACCACCUUCUACCACGGACAUUAGGACGCCAAAACGGGGCAGCGAUGUUGUAAAGCUGUUUUCUGGAAAGAGCUUCUCACCAAAUACACGCCGAUGUGUUUGGCUUACUGCCACGGCGUUUGAUCGUACCUCAAUAAUGGUCACCAUGCAAGACCGUGAAAUUGCUUCCUUGCGCGAGCAGGUGGAGCAAGCUAACCCGCCAAAACGCCGCAAAGUCAGAAGAAAUCCUAACGAUCUCUUCGCGAGUCUUGCAGAGGUUCUCUCUCAAACUAAUCAAGAGCCUUCUCAACGUGUUCGCAAGGUGAGAAGCGCAAAGCAGAAGGUCAUCAUCGUAGAAGAAGAGAGAGCUCUGAGGAGGGAGCAGAGCAACCAUUGA